CUCCCUCAGGACCGCUUUACAUGGACACAACACUCAUAUAUGUGCCAAGUCAUAUUAGAAGUUUACUACUCGGAGAGAAAUCUAAGGAUACCUCACUGCAUGAAACACGGACACAUUUUCUUUGGGAAAGAAUCCAAAUACACUGUUAACUGACGCGCUGUCUCGGGUUCGAGCGGGUGUUUGUGUGGAGCUGUGCUGCUGUCUGCGCGGACUGGUGCUGAAAUCAUGGCGACAAACAACACCAAAAGCACCGAUGGACACGCUGUGACGGAUCUCAACGAGAUCACAACUAACGACAAACCCAAAGCAGAGGACGACAAACCAGAGAAAAAGAAGAAAGACAUUCAAGCUAGAGAAACUUGGGGCGGGAAGUUUGAUUUUCUGCUGUCAUGUGUGGGCUACGCCAUCGGACUGGGCAACGUGUGGAGAUUUCCGUAUCUGUGCGGGAAAAACGGCGGCGGGGCUUUCUUGAUCCCUUAUUUUUUGACGCUCUUUUUUGCGGGAGUUCCUCUGUUUUUUCUUGAAUGCGCUCUUGGACAGUACACAUCCAUUGGCGGCCUUGGGGUUUGGAAACUGGCUCCAAUGUUCAAAGGUGUUGGUCUUGCUGCUGCUGUUCUAUCAUUCUGGCUGAACAUUUACUACAUUGUCAUCAUUGCUUGGGCUCUGUACUACCUAUACAACUCCUUUACCACUGAGCUUCCAUGGAAAACGUGUAACAAUCCGUGGAACACAGAGAGAUGCUAUACAAACUAUAGCAUAGUAGACACCACCAAUCUCACUAGUGCUGUCAUGGAGUUUUGGGAACAAAAUAUGCAUCAAAUGACAGAUGGCUUAGAAAAACCUGGUGAGAUUCGUGCUCCACUUGCAAUAACACUGGCCAUUGCCUGGGUCCUCGUCUACUUCUGUAUCUGGAAAGGCGUGAGCUGGACUGGAAAGGUUGUGUACUUCUCAGCCACCUACCCAUACUUCAUGUUGUUCAUUUUGUUUAUUCGUGGAGUGACACUGCCCGGGGCAAAGGAAGGAAUCUUGUUCUACAUCACUCCUAAUUUCGAGAAGCUGAAAGAAUCUGAGGUUUGGCUGGAUGCUGCAACGCAGAUCUUCUUCUCGUAUGGUUUGGGUCUGGGCUCUCUUAUUGCUCUAGGCAGCUACAACCCUUUCCAUAACAAUGUGUACAGGGACUCCAUCAUUGUGUGCUGUAUAAAUUCUUUCACUAGUAUGUUUGCUGGAUUAGUGAUUUUUUCUAUUGUGGGCUUCAUGGCACAUGUAACAAAGAGACCAAUCGCUGAUGUAGCUGCAUCGGGUCCUGGUUUGGCUUUCUUAGCUUAUCCAGAAGCUGUGACGCAGUUACCCGUCUCGCCACUGUGGGCUAUUCUCUUCUUCUCCAUGCUGCUGAUGCUUGGAAUUGACAGUCAGUUCUGUACAGUGGAGGGCUUCAUCACUGCUCUGGUGGACGAGUUCCCACGGCUGCUCAGGAACAGGAGAGAAAUAUUCAUCGCAUGUGUGUGUGUGGUGUCCUAUGCUAUCGGUCUGUCCAAUAUUACACAGGGUGGCCUCUAUGUGUUCAAACUCUUCGAUUAUUACUCGGCCAGUGGAAUGUGUCUGCUCUUUCUGGUUUUCUUUGAGUGUAUAUCAAUCUCCUGGUGCUAUGGUGUGAACAAGUUCUAUGAUAACAUCCAGGAAAUGAUUGGGUACAAGCCUUGUGUAUGGUGGAAAUUGUGCUGGGUUUUCUUCACCCCUCUGGUUGUUGCUGGUGUGUUCCUCUUCAGUGCAGUGCAAAUGGUUCCUCUUACGAUGAACAACUACGUGUUUCCUAAAUGGGGCCAGGGGGUGGGCUGGCUCAUGGCCCUGUCCUCUAUGGUCCUCAUUCCUGGCUAUAUGGUCUACAUGUUCCUCACCCUGAAGGGCACUUAUAAAGAGCGCAUAAGGAUAAUGCUGCAGCCUCCUGCAGUGAGGCGCACUCAGGAGAAUGGGCCAGAGCAACAGCAGCUGCAAUCACAGCCACAACAUCCGGAGCAAUCACCGCAGCAACAGCAAUCACCCCAACAACCGCAGCAACCAGACCAAACACCACAGCAACCGCAACAACCGCAGCAGCUGCAAUCACCACAGCAACCGCAACAACCGCAGCAACCAGACCAAACACCACAGCAACCGCAACAACCGCAGCAGCUGCAAUCACCACAGCAACCGCAACAACCGCAGCAUCCAGACCAAACACCACAGCAACCGGAACAACCACAGCAGCUGCAAUCACCACAGCAACCGCAACAACCGCAGCAACCAGACCAAACACCACAGCAACCGGAACAACCGCAGAAGCUGCAAUCACCACAGCAACCACAACAACCACUUCAACCACAGGUGCCAUCUCAACCACUGGUGCAGGCUGAAAAUUCUUCUCCAGCUAACCCUGGCAGUGAUGCCAAUGUGUAAAAGUAGUGUAGGUGAACCUCACCAGAGAGCAAUCAAAGAUUAACAACACAGUGGACUUCCAUGUUUAUAUAGUAAUAGACUCAUCUACCUCCAGGGGUCAUACAUAAUCAAGAUAAACAUUUAAAAAAAAAAGUUUUUAAAAAAAAUAACACAAACACACAAAAAGCAUUUUGCAUUUGUGACACUUACACAGAAAUCUGUUAGCUUCCCAAAUGCAAAGCAAAGAGUGUCCGUGUUAAAGAUGACUUAUAUACUAUGUAUUAUGUGAAUCUGUCUCUACUAAGGUUAUACUGUGAGUUAGAUUUAAGGACAGUGCACUGCUUCGCAAUGCAUAAGCUACCUGUAUAUCUGUGAGAUGUAAUAGACUGUUUCCAUGUUGCACUGGGAACUAAAUCGGCACACGAGCAUCAAAGAGAAAAAGGGCGAGAUUGUGUUAUGUUCUGGGUCAUUUGGAAGAACCAAGAUGUAUCAAGUAAGCCCUGUGUCUAUAGCACAACGCAUUUUCAUCACCCUUGGGUGACCCACUAUGUGUUGUUUUAUAUUUUUUGUUGAGAGAGACUGUUACUAUUUUAUUUUUAAUUUUCUGAAAGAAAAAAUUUGAAAUUACUUGUCUGUGACUGAAAUAUUUUUAGAAUUAUUUUUGGAAUGCUUUGUACUUUAUUGUUGUGACCAAGGACCAAAAUCAUAGACUAAAGCAAAAACUAAUAUAUGCCAGGCAGUGUGUAGUUUGUAAAGCACAGGGUACAAAAAUACAGAAAAAGAGAAAUCAGCAAAACACAGGGUGAGGAUUUUUGCUGUCAAAUACAGUCUAUUGACAAGUACUGUCUAUUCAGUGACCUGUUUACAUGCCCCCUCAGGAAUAUCAAAAACAUUAAUCAAAUCCCAGAUGUGUCUCUAACCCAGAGUAUAUAUAUGAAGGCCUUAAGCCUGUGAUACACUGAUCAAUGGAGCUGCAAUGUUCAGCUAUAUUUGCAUGGCCAUCAGUUUGCCAAAAUGCCAAAAUGUUGAAUCAGUGCAGUGUUUAGAAGAAAAACAAAAGAAAAGAAAAUUGCUAUAACUAGCCACUUGAAGGUUUACAGUACUAGAUUGUGCCAUACUUUCAUGGAAAAGUAUUUAAAAUAUUAUCUUGAUAAAAAAACAUAUUUUUUUUAAGUUAGUAGCACAUACUAAAUGUUUUAAGGGCCCCACCCCCAAAAGAACAAAAGCACAAGAAAAAGUAUACACAGACAGCUCUAAUGGUGUAGCGACAGUUUGCAUCAAAGGCAGCUAGCUACAUGUUGGUCAUCUUAAACAUGUUUACUAAAGGGAGAUAAGUACCUACAUAAAAUGUGAACUUGCUAUGUCCUGUGAAUUUUGUAAAAAAAAUUAAUUUACAGAUAUUUUUUCUGGUAAAUUGUAAAAUUGUAUUGUGUUAAACAUGUAACUGUGAAGUUCUCGUCUAAAUGUUGAAAUAUUUGAAAAACAAUUGCUGUUUUCUGCAAUAAUAUUUUGAUCUCUGAAAUCGAAGCACAUAUCUUAUGGAAAUUAUGAAAAGUGAGUGAUAUUGAUAAUGAUUAUAAAAAGGAUUAUAAAACAAAUUGAAUUUAUGUCUCGUAAGAAAUAAUAUUGUUUUGUAUAUUUUUAACUGUUACACUGCCUAAAACAAAUUAUGCAUAAGACAUGUAUUUAAAUGGUGUCAUAUGAAAAA